CAGGGCCAGACGCUCGCGCGCAGUGUCCGAGCCGCGCGCUGUCGGGCGAGUACCAGCAGUGGCACUUGCUACAUACGCAAAGCAGGCAUGAAGAUACUGGCAAGCACUGGGCCCUACUACCUUAAGGUUGGGGUGCCUGAGGGCCUGGAGCAGGCUAUAGAGGGUCUGGCACGGGAGGUCAUCAGGCAGCAGCCGGAGCACAUCUACCAGUUCGCCGCAGCGCACUUCGAAAAACUCCUGACACUACACAGGCAGCAGCAAGCGCACAAUGCCGGGAUGUCCCCGUCGUCCACCCAGAGCUCGGAGAAGGCUCCGCCCGGCGAGCCGGAAAUCGAGGCCCAGGAGAACAAGGAUGACGUGCAGACUGCGGAGGCCGUCGGAGUCUUCGCCGUCGACGAGACAACCCUCCGAAACAAGCGAGAUGCCGCAGACCAAGCAGAAGUGGGGAACUCGGCGUCAGAUGCGGUGGCAUCUGGUGUUGGGGCGACGGGUGCAGUUGUUGUCGCCACUGCAGAGUACGGAGACUCCUCCCGGGCUGGAGAGAAGCAAGCUGAGUUCACAGACACAGAAAAAAUGCCAGCUGGCAGUUUACAAGAACGCGGUGUUUCAAAUACCAAAGAAGUCUCGGAAAAUGUAGGCGAUAAUAGUAACAUUAUAAACAAGACUGAACUUGAAGAAGAUAAACCUGUAGAUUUGAGCAUUCCGGUGACUUUAGUCAAACAAGAAGAUGAAUCAGCUACGGAACCAAUGAAUGGAGUAAAGCCAUGUGAUAACAAUGAUUCAGCGGUAAGAAAGAAUGAUUUGGCGUCUGACAUAAUCAUGCCUGAAAGAGAAGAGACAUCAAGCGUAACAAAAUGUGAUAUUAAUGAAGCUAUUAUUCUGGAAGAACAAGCCAAACAAGAUAUUUUGAUAGUUACUAAUACAUCUAUAGAUGGGGAAUCAGUGCAGAGCACAGAAGAAAACACAAAAACUAAUUCAAUCGAACCUGACACAUAUGCUAAUCAAUCAAAUCAGGUAACAAUUUCCAGAACUGAAGAUGUAGAUCAUGGAUUACAAAGUCAGGAAAGUGAGGCACAUGUGAUUGGUGAUGAUCAAAGUUCUUCUGUUGCUCCCAAAGAAGAAAUUUUGCCAAUAAUGUGUGAAAGUGCUUUAAUUGAAGAUGCCAAUAAACAGGGUGUUGUAAAUAUGGUUGAAAAACCAGAAAAAGAAGCUGUACCUAAUUCAUUGAUAGGUAAAGUAGGAGAAGUAAUAGAAGAGCUAGAAGAAAAGACAAAUGUAGCCAGGUCUGAUGAACCCAUUCUAGAGCUAGAUGAGAAACAUGCCAACUAUUCGUCGUCUGUGGAUUCAGCUGAAGAGGCACUAAGCAGGUCCUUAAAUGAAAUUGGCGAGAAAUAUAAUAAAUCUAAAAAUGAAGCAGUUGAAGCAGAAACACUAUCUGGGGAUAUGGAAUUAAAAUGUAGUGAAAAUAUUUUGCCCUCUGUGGCAGCUGAGGAAGCAGUCUUAAAUAGAGAUAUUUGUGUAAGUAGUGAGAACCAUUUAAAAGAGACAUCUCAAGCUAAACAAAUAAAUGAUUCAGAAAAAAAAGAUUCCACUCGGUCGUCUCCUCUAGAGCUAUCAGAAGAAGGAAUUCCUAUCACACCUAUAAGUAUGGAUGGUAAAACUUCAGAUAUUUCUGAAAAAUUGUGCAAAGAUUAUCUAGAUGAAAUUCCAAACAUGAAAUCAAUAGAAGAGGCCAAAUUAAAUGAACAAGGAAAAAAUUCUUUCAUUUCAGAAACGAAAGAAAACACAGAUAUAAGCCAAUCAGAUAUUUUUUCUAAAGAUAACUCAGAAGAACUAGCUAGCAAGUGUUUAUCGACAGAAAAACUUAAUAAUGAAAAGAAUACUGCCAUGCCCUUAAAUUUAUCUGUGGAAAGUAAUAAAAACCUAGUAGAACAGCAAAAAAUUGGAGAAAGUGCAGAGCAAGAACUAUCAAGAACACCUAUUACUCCAUCGACUGAAUCUAUAGAUAAUUGUAGUAUAAAUUCAUCUCCUAAUAAUUUAUUGAAUAAAACCAAUGAAAUUGUUGAACCGCCUUAUAAUGAUCCAUCUGCCGCAAAGAAAAAAGAAAGUGAAAUACUUACAAGUGAACACAAUGAAAUAGUUAAGGAAAACUCUGAAAAGCCAUUAUUAAACCUACAUUCAGAAAAUUCAGUUACAGAAAAUAAUUUAUUGUCAAAGGUAGCAAUUAAGGAACAUAAUAAUAAAAAAAUUCGUUCAUCAGAAACAAUAAGAAAAGAAAUAUCUAGCAGUCCCUUAAAAAGGUCCUCAGAAUCUGUCGAAAGCAAUCGUGAAUUACAAAGUUCUACUGAAGAAACUGCUUCAAAAAGCCCUUACAACAAAAUUCUUGAUGGUACUUUAGAAAAUACAGAUGAGGUUUCAAGUGCUAAACAAAUACAAAAUGUGUUUUUGAGCCAGCCAUUAAGCGAUGUAAGGGAAGAUGUUGACAAAUCUGAAAAUCUAUGUAAUUUUGAGAAUGAAAAAGAGAUUAUAACAAACAAAUCCCCAAGUUUGCCUUUGGAAAUUGGACUGCCAUCGGAUGUCACACCCACAGAAAACAUAACAAAGUUAUCAUCUAGUUCUUCUAGUGAACUAGUGACAGAAAUUCCUUCCUAUGAAGAAGCUCUUAAUGAGGCUUCAACCAAAGAAUUUUCUAGUGAUGCUAGUGAACCAGUAGAAAUAAACAUUGAAAAUACAUCAUCACUUAAAACGGCUGAAAUAGAUGAUACCAGCCGAUCUCUUAGUGAAUUAAAUGAGCUCAUUGAAGAUAAUGUAAGUAUUCCACUAUCUACGAAAUGCGAAGACUAUACAGUUUUAAAAAGAGAUUCAAGUCACAACAAUGAAUAUUAUGAGGAAGAUGAUCAACUACCGCUUACUGCAGAACAAGCUGGCGGGCAUACUUCAAGUAGGCCCUUAAGUGUAAAUUCUGAAACUGAUAAAAAUAAAUCUAAAACCUUUACUUCUGUGUAUUCGGCUGAACACGCGUGCCCAAGUAGACUUAUAAGUGAUGCCAGUGUAACUGUCGACAAGCCAGUCGAAGAAACAGUUCUUAGCAAUAGUCUCGAUUUGACUGACGGGCACUCAGGAAAUAGUUUAGAAUAUCAAAGUUCCAUUUCUAGUCAAUUAUUGGCAGAACACGAAAAAGGUGUUGAAACUGAAAUAAAAACUAAUAAUGUAAUUUGUAAAGAUGACUCUAUACAAAUUCAAACAAAAACAGUCACAAGCACAGAAGACAUUAAUAAGGUACAAGGUGAUGAUCCAAAAUCAAUUUCAUCAAAAGAAAUGGAAAUAAUUACUAAAAUUGUUUCUCAAUCCAAGGCUAUGGCAGAAGAAGAUUCCGCAAACCAUACAGACAAGGAUCAACAAUCUUCUAAAGUAGAGGAACUUUUCGAUAGCAGUUUACAAACUACUGAAAAAGAAGAAAUGGUGCCUUUUGUAAAUGAAAUGUGUAAUAAUAAAGUAAUUAAAGCGAUGGAAGCAGUGGAAAAUUACACAGAAGAAGUCGAUAAAGAGGAUAGUAAAAUCGAAAGUAAUCCGGAAUCAAUUAUGACUGUACCUGAAUCUAUGGGUGACAUAGAAUUGUCGUCUGAAUCCAGCUUCGGUGGUCUUAUUGAAAAAUCAAGCGAGGAAACAAAGUCUGAAGACAUUAAAAAUUUUGAACACGAAGACAGUAGUUUAAUAGGUAAAUUGAUUGAUGAAUCUGUAAAAGAUACAUUAGUUCAGAAAAAUAAUACUGAAAAUACUGAUGACGGGAAUUAUGACAAUCAAGAGUAUAAAGACAGAUUAAGCAAACCAAUUAUAAACGGUGUCGAGCAUGAAAAUAAAGAUGACAAUCUGUAUGCAGACGCUUUUGGAAGGCCAGUGCCUACAAUUAAUCUAAUUGAAAGUGAAGAACAGAAGCGCUCCGACAGUGAAGAGGAUAACGAUGUGAUUGUCUCACCAGAAAAUAAAGAAGAGGUGUGCGAUGUGGCUGAAACAAAAGAAGAAGAAAUACUUGGAACCAAAGAACUAUCUAUGAAUGAUACAUUAUUAGAAACCACACCUGUAGAUGAGGGAGAAGAUAGUGCCAGUGAGUCUGCGGCAGGAUCGGACAGUGUUAAUCUACGCCACAGAGACGAUGGUAGGUCAGACAGUGGCACUUCGCAAUCACGAGCGGACUCGAUGGUGGCAGAGAAAGGCAGUGAAUUGGAAAGUCUCGCAACAGUAAGUGCUGCUCCGAGCACCGACGGCACAAGACUCGUCGGUGAGGAAGAUCACGGAGCUGGAGCGCCGCAAUCAGCAAACACUCGAGACUGUGCCAAAGAAGUGCAGGAAGCUGCGCUGAACAUAGCCGCGACUACCAUUCAGGCCUCCUUCAGGGGCUUCCAGACGCGACAAGCGCUGCACACGUCUCCGGAAACCACCCAGGUACCAACAGCAGGAAGUCAACAGGACGUUGCCGACCAGAAUUUCUCAGAGCACAUGAUCACCCCUGAUAUAGGAUUCAUUCCUGAAGACGACUCCACGAUAGAGACUCCACACAGAGCUGCUUCGCGAGAGUCGGCAGACCCACCUCGCGAGGACCAACAGCCAUCAGGGCUAACGGACUCCGAGGACAAAACGCCAGCAGAGCCAACGGACACCGAAGACCAACAGCUAACAGGGCGAACGGACUCUGAGGGUCAACAUCCAGCUGAUCCAACGGACUCUGAGGACCGACAGUCAGCUAGGACAUCAGACUGCAAGGACAAACAGCCAGCUAGGCCAUCAGACACUAAGGACCGACAGCUAUCAGGGCGAACGGACUCCGAAGACAAACAUCCAGCUAAGCUAUCGGACACUGGGAAUCGACAGCUAUCAGGGCGAACAGACUCCAAGGACAAAACGCCAGCUAGGUUAUCGGACACUGAGGACCGACAGCUAUCAGGACGAACGGACUCCGAGGACAAACAGCCAGCUAGGCCAUCAGACACUAAGGACCGACAGCUAUCAGGGCGAACGGACUCCGAGGACAAACAGUCAGCUAAGCUAUCGGACACUGAGAACCGACAGCUAUCAGGGCGAACAGACACCGAGGACAAACAGCCAGCUAAGCUAUCGGACACUGAGGACCGACAGCCAGCUGAGCCAACGGACUCUGAUGACGAGGACCUCGCUAGUCUACAAAGACCGCCAGAGUGCGAUGAGCUGCCUGAGCACAGAGGCGAGGCCAGUCAAGAUGGCUCGGAAGCUCCGACGUCAGAAGAUGUUGAUUCUUCUCCGUCUAGCGCGGCCACCAAAAUCCAAUCAUGUUUCAGAGGUUACAUGGUUCGCAAGAAUAAACAUGACACUGUCGAAGAUAGCAUAGCGAUGUCUCUCACGAACGAGCCUUCAAUACCAGACAGCCAACAGUCCUUUGGCACUUUCUCAACGUCCAACGAGGAUAAUGGAGUUCGCACAUCCGGUUCUCUGGAAACAGCAGUUCAAAGGCAGAAGCAAAGUACCUUAGACGAAGUAGAAGAACUAGUAGGUUCUGGCCCACCUUUACAAAUGGAUACAAGUAUUCAUCAAGUUAGUAACACUCCUAAUUUAAAUGAAAGAGUAUCAACUGAAAUGUUGGUUAGUUCUGAAAAUAAGUUAAAUAAAGCCAAAGAGACAACGAAAGGCCUGUCCCUCGACAAUACAGUAGAUGCCACCGCGAAGCACGAGCAGGUAGCACAGAAGGCUUUAUCUUUACAAGAGACGUCGACGGGGGUUGACGAGGAAGGCCGGAAUGUGCGGGUGACCAUAGAGAAGGAGCUCUCUGAGGCGGCUACUAAGAUACAGUCCAACUACCGAGGCUACCGUGCUCGCCAGCGGCUGACAAGGGAAGACGCUUUCCAGGUUCCCACCACCAGCACUAGCAGCGCUGCGAGCGCCGACAGCGACAAGAUGGCCGAAUGCGAGAUCAGGGCGUCAGGAGAGUUCCAUGACAUGAUGGUGCUGCCGCCUGGAGAGAUCAGUAAUCUCACGAAUGGAGAAAACACAAGUGCUUAACAUCUCACAUACAUGCUUUUCUAAUUGUGUAGAAACACGUAUUCAGGUGUGUGAACUGUUAGUGCUAAAAGCUGAUAAAUUAUGUAAAACUUUUAAAACUAAUAAAUAUUUAUGUUUUCGUCUAACACAAUUAUAUAAUAGGUAAUUUAGAUAAGAAUCUGUAUUCAAAAAAAUAUUUAUAAGACAUAUUCAAACAUGUUGAAUCUAGUAUACUUUGUGUACAUGCCUUAAACUCUGUCAAGAGUAAACACUUUUCUAUGUGAGCCAUACGUAGUUGAUAUGGAGAGUUCUAACAAAUAGAGAUAUAGUAUAUAUAGGUAAAUAUUCAUGUAUUUAGUAAAACUUUUUAUUGUGACAUUUAAAUAAAGAAAAUAUUUUAAGAUGUAAUUUCAUAGAUAAUCACGUUCUGUAAUGUUGUUAAUAAUGUCAUUUAUAAGAAAUUCUCUCGUUUAAUUAACAAAAAAUAGAAUUGUGUUAUUUAAAAUAAUUUUUCACUUCAAAAAUUAAGUGUUGAAUAUUACUUAAAAUACAAAUUGAAUAAUGUACAUAUGAAUAUUUAUAUAGCUUGUUAUCAAAGAAAUUUCAGUUUUUACAUUUCAUUUUCUUUAACUCUUUAUGCAAAACUUAGGAAGUAUUACAAAUAUAAAAGUGAAUUUAUGACAUGUAAUUUAAUUAUGUUUGACAUUAAAUAUUUUUUAUUAAAUUCCAUUUAAUAUUACGCAGUUUAAAUACUUUAAGUAGAGUUAAGUAGUAUGAAACAAAAUUUUAAAGCUGAAUUUUUUGUGUUUCAAAUACUAAACAUUUAUACUAUUUCCGUACAAAAAUUUAAACAUGCAACGUGUAUAUAUAUUUUUUUAUGCUUUACUCAUAAGAAUAAUUUAAAUGCUUAGUUUUAUGGAUAGAUUUGAAGAACAACUUUGAAAAUACAUUUUGCUAUAAUAUAGACGGUACCAAAUAAAUGCCAAAGAUUAGUAUGAGUUUUCUUUUUAAAUUAACCCUUACUUGUAAUGUAAAUAUUAGUUUUUUAAAAUAGUUUCUCAUUCAUGUUGAACCUUAUUUAUUAUUUUUAAUUAGUUAUUUUAAUAUAUAAGUAGUAAUUAACAAGUAAGAAAAGGAAAUGUCUAUGCUAAGUGGUAAAAGUAACAUAUACUGUCUGGCACUGACGGCAAAAGAUAUACUUAUGCAACUUUUUUCAAGAUUUUCAAGUAAGUUAAAAUUCCUUUUUCUCUGUAAUAAAAAAAAUUGGUUUUAAAGUUUGCAAGAUAUCUGUGCGCAAAUAAAGUACUAAUUAAAUUUAAAAAAAA